AUGUCGCAUGAUGUGCAAGCUGUUAAGGAUGCUGUCAAGGCCAAGCUCGAAGCCACCAGACAGAAAAACAAGGCUGCUGCCGAUGCACAUCGCCACGCGAAGGUUUUCGAUGUUGGUGAUUCGGUCAUGGUGUUCCUUCGGAGGGAGAGGUUUCCUGUUGGUACCUAUUCGAAGCUGCAGCCCCGCAAGUAUGGUCCUUAUACGGUGAUUAAGAAGAUUAAUGAUAAUGCUUACGUAGCCGACCUGCCAAUUUCUGUGAAUAUCUCCAACACCUUUAACGUGGCCGAUAUCUACGAGUUUCAUGAAGAUGUUGCCAUCUAUCCUGACUUGGACUCGGGGUUGAGUACUCACCAGGUGGAUGAGACUGAUGCAGGGCUGUUGGAGAGCAAGCUGAAGGAAGCCAUUCGAGUCAAGGAAGAGCUGGCGAGAGACGAGUAA